UUUCAUUUAUACAAAGCUACUUCAAGUCUCAAAAUGAAGUCGAUCAUAGUUCUGUCAAUUUUGUCGCUUUUAAUACUCACUCAGGUGAUCAACGGCGAAAAUAUUCACGAAUUUUUGGAAAAGUGUCUUAAGAAAAGAGUUCUGGAAUACACUUUAAGACCACUAACGAAACCUGGCGAUAACUUUAAAGCAACAAUACAGUCACUCGAAGUGAAAUUGCUUAAGAGCAAUGAUUCAAAUGAAAUUGAAACACGACAAUUGGUAUAUAAAAUGCCACUUACUGGUGUAAACAAUGCACAAAAAAUAAAAAUCUUUGUGUAUGAAAUAAAUUUCUAUACGGAGAUAAUUCCAGCCAUUGAGAGAUUUGCUGCGACACUUCCGACAGCUGAACGGAAUGAUAUAUUUGUUCGUUUUUUAGGUUCCCGACUAUCUUCAGAUUCAAACGCUAAAAAUAUCGAUUCAAAUGCAGCUAUUCUAUUGGAAAAUAUCAAAUCAUUGGGCUAUGUUGGUUCGAAAAGUUCAAUAGAAAGCACAUUAUGGAAUAAUUUUGAAACGGAUGAAAUUAUGGCUAUUUUAAAGAGCUUGGCAUAUUUCCAUGCGCUCGGUAUUGGCAUAAGACGUUUGCAGCCAAGCGUUUUCUAUUCGAAAGUUGAUCCUUACUUACACAGAUUUUGUGAAACUUGUAAUAUUGAAAAAGAUAUCAAAAGGGUUGACAAAUUGGUCAAUCAGUUACGCAGCACUUUUCCCAAAAUGACGAGAGGAAUGCAGAAUACGAUAAGAAACCAAUUGAACGAUGCGAAGAAUUUUUAUCUAAAGACUGAACGAUCGCAAGACACACCGUAUACAACAAUUUCUCAUAAUGAUUUAUGGUCAAUGAACAUAAUGUUUAAAAGAGAUAAAACUGCGAAAAAGUCGAUCCAAGUGAAAUUGUUGGAUUUCCAAAUGUGUGGUUACGAAUCGUUUGCAUUGGAUUUGAUGUUCUUGUUGCUGUUCAAUGCCCCAAUUGAAGACUUAAGAAUGAAUUUUAAAUCUUUUAUCGAGUAUUAUCAUUCCGAAUUUGUGAAAACAUUACGACUCGUUAAUUGCUCGCACGAUGACUAUACAUUUGAAAAGAUGUGGAACGAAAUUAAAGGAAAGGCGAAAAUUAGUUUAUUUAAACUAUACUUGUUUUUGGGGCGUGAUAAAAUCAAUACGCUUCAAAUGAACUCAACUGUAGCCAACCCAAAUCCAGAUUUCUAUCUUGAACAACCAACACCACAAAACAUUAUCAAUCGAUGGCAAUGUAUUAAUGAUGUAUACAUUGCAAACGGUUUGCUUUGGAAGUAAUUUUAAAAGUCUAUCAUUUAAAAAAAAUCAUUUGAUUUUCAUAAUCUAAAUGUACAAUUGACAUAGCUUUGAUGUAAAUUCAGUUUCAUUGUAAGCCUGAAGAUGAACACAUGAUGUUCGAAAACAUUUGCUAUUAAUAAAGCAUAUUUACAUCAGAACGAAACGUAAA